UCCGCGGCCCGCGACUCAGCACGCGAGUGACGAUGUCCGCGCGGUGACCGCGCCAUCUUUGACACGCAUUUCGGCGGGAAAUAUUCCCGCCAAUACAACGCGGCAAAAUAUUUUCAGACGCAAAUAAGCUGGCGAACGGCAGCGGCGGCGGCCGUGGCCUGUUCUGCUACCACUGCCCGCCGAGCCUGCCGCCACACCAGCACCGCCUGCCCACGCUAGAGUAUCCAUUCUCCGCUUCACACCCUUACACAAGCUAUUCGUACCACCCAGCAAUCCACGAUGAUACGUUCGUACGGCGUAAGCAACGCAGGAAUAGGACAACAUUCACAUUACAACAGCUGGAAGAGUUGGAGACAGCAUUCGCGCAGACACAUUACCCUGACGUCUUCACUCGGGAGGAUCUGGCACUCAAGAUUAAUCUUACUGAAGCACGUGUACAAGUAUGGUUUCAAAACCGAAGAGCGAAAUGGCGGAAAGCGGAACGUUUGAAAGAGGAACAAAGAAAGAGGGAAGGUGCUGAGGUGAUGCCAAAACGAGAUCCCGCUGAUGAUAAGGGUUCAUCGGAGUGCAUGUCGCGUGGCUCUGGCGAGGCAUCCCCGAUGUCAGGCGCCGCCUCACCCCGUGCUUCACCUCCCGUCACGCCAGGCUCGCCGCGACGUUCGCCGCUCCGCUCUCCACACUCGCCGCGUCGUUCACCUAACAGGUCGCCUAGGCUUGACAGGUCGGAGGCGGGAUGCUCUCCAGCGCCGUCGGUUGGCAGCGCAGGCUCGCGUGACGCAGCACCAGAUCCGCGACCUCAGCAUCACAUAUUCUCACCAUUUGAACAUUCUGGUGCAUUCCGGUCGUCGGGUGGCGAGCAGGCUCCAGCGCCCCCCGCUCCGCCACUAUUCCUGCCCCCGCACCUCUCCCAUCUAUCCCACCAUCUCAAUCAACUAUCGCAGCCGUUCUUCCCUUUAAAAGGUUGGGGAGCUCCAUGUCCCUGCUGUCCUAAAGAGGAAGCACGUUCAUCCAGUGUUGCAGAACUACGUCGUAAAGCGCACGAGCAUUCCGCAGCAUUACUGCACUCGCUGGCAAGUUUCCAGUCGCGAGCGCUGCUACCAUUGCCUCUACCACCGCUGCCACUGCCCCUACCACUGUUGCCACACGACUCGAACGCGCCUACAAACUCUACCGAACACAAAAUUAUGGAGUAAGGAAUAUUCUGGAGAUCGCAAUUAUCUUGAUACUAAUACUUUGCAUAUUUAACCGUCGAUUUACACUUCGAUUUACACUUGAUUACAUUUAUACAAAAGUAAAUAAUUUAUUUUGUUUUAUUUCGUAAAAGUUUGGCCGUGAAAUUAUACUAAUAACUCCAUAGUUGGACUGGUUAGUAUAGAAUGAAACCCCUACCAUGAUAUUUAUCUUUUGUUUCAUAUGA